CCAACUAGAGAGUAUUCGGAACCAAUCCAUGGGGGAGGGGACUCUCCUUUAACCAUUAAUACAAAUAGCGAUAUAGGAAGAAUCUAAUGAUUUAUUUUUUAUUGUAACAAGCAUUGCAUUUAGGUCUAUUUUCACUGCCUGUAAACUGCAUAGGGUGGAUAUUUGCUCUGAGAAUAAGUAACUGUAAUACUUAAGUUUAAAAAAAGCGUAAGUUUAGAAUCAAGUUAUAUCAGUUUAUUAAAUUAUUUUCAUGCGGUUUGGUCUAUUCGUUCUAUACUAUCUAACUUCAGAGUUCUUUGCAAUUGAUAUUUUUUGUAAAAAGGUUUCCAUAACUGAGUCUAGAAAAGUAUCACCUCUCCUUUUGAUAUUUUUUUAAUUUUUUGGGUUCCCGUUAUAUUUCCUUCUUACCGAAGCCAAUUGCAAACUCAAGUCCAUAUUCUUGUUCAGAAAGCUACAUUUAAAUCACAUCGCACAUCAUCCCUAUUAAUUGAAGCAUUGACCCCACCAGGGAUGCCAGGGGGUUUUCUAAAAAAGGCAAGAUUUGUUGUUCAAAUAAACCCAAAUUCUCCAUAACGCCCCUCCCCAGUACAUCAGUUAUAAACUAUAUUAUUCUUAUUUAUUUGAUACAUACAAUAUAAUGUAUAGAAAAAUAGAUUUUUAAAUAAAAACCUGGAAACACAGAUAAGCAUCGAAAACCUAGAUCUGGAUUUAAAAACCCAGCACCGGCAACGCUGCCACCAACUAGCCGACCUCGGUUUACGAACGCAGUCUAUUUCUCACAAUCAUCCGCCCCAAGCCCGACCACCCACAAAGCGUAUCGAAAGCUUCCGAAGCGCUCUCAUCUCCGCUCUGCUCUCAGGGGGUUUCCCCAAUUGAAACGCGGGAGGAGGCGAAGAGCUUCAUUGGCACCCCUGCGCGUGCGUGGAGUACAGAAACAACUCGUCUGGCCUGCCUUUCAAAGGAUCAGUGGCGUUCCGUAGGAAUGGCGGCGGCAGCGGCGAGCGACCCGGAAACAACGCAAAAACAAACUGAAGAAAUUGAAGCUCUAUCAGCUAUAUAUGGCGAUGAAUGGUGCACUGUUGAUGAAGAUGAGAAAAUUUUUUGCAUUAAGAUUAGUGAUUGCUCAGCACAGCCAAAGUGGACUCUCAAUUUGCAGGUGAUUCUGCCUCCUGAAUAUCCAACUUCAGCACCACCUAUUUAUCAACUUAAUGCCCCUUGGAUUUUACAAAAGGAAUAUGCAGAACUGGCAAAUCAUCUAGAAGAAAUCUAUGUACAGAACCUUGGUGAAAGCAUUCUUUAUUUGUGGGUGGAGAAGAUACGUGAGGUUUUGAUAGAAAAAUCCCAGUCAUCUGAAUCGGGCCCAGAUAAUAGAAAAAUUACAGAAGAAACAGAUGUGGGCUAUGAAGAAGAAUUUGCACUGGAAUAUAAACUUCUUCCAGAUUGUACAGCUAUAACGUUGAAUUUUGAUCUUUCUGAAAAAAAAGAUGAAGAGUUACCUCCAAUUUAUCAUGGGACCCCAAUUACAGACCGAAGAAGCACAUUUCAGGCACAUUUAGCAUCUGUUGUAUGCCUCAAACAGGUGAAAAAUAUUCUUGCUGAAUUGUACAACAAUAAGAAAAUAGCCAGUGCUACUCACAACAUAUAUGCUUACAGGAUAUACUGUGAAAACAAGCAGACAUUUUUACAAGAUUGUGAAGAUGAUGGUGAAACAGCAGCUGGGGGUCGUCUUCUCUAUCUUAUGCAGAUCCUGAAUGUCCACAAUGUGGUAGUGGUGUCCCGCUGGUAUGGCGGUAUUCUUCUAGGACCAGCGUUCAAACACAUCAACAACUGUGCCAGAAAUAUACUUGUGGAGCAGAAUUACACUAAUAUAUCUCAAAAUUCAUCUAAGCCUCUUGGAAAGAACAAAAGAAUGAGAAAAGACAAGAAGAAAGCAGAACAUUGAUGUAUUUUGCAGAAUUACAUAGCAAUAGUUCAUCUUUUGACUGUCACCACUUAGUGACUCUAUAUGACUUAAUAUUCUAAACCUUUUGUUCCAAAAGUGUGAAAACACUUGGCAGUAAUACAAAACAUUUUUUCUUCGUAAGAAAAUCCAGCAAUUAAAGCAGUAGCACCAGGCCCAGAAAACACCUUCAAUUUGUUCACUGUUUCAGCUGCUGAAAAAUUAAAGUCUUUCAAUAUAAAA